AUGGCGCCGCCGCAGUUCAACCUCAUCGACGGCGACGUCCUCGCAGAGAUCCUCCUCCGCCUCCCGCCAGACGAGCCCGAGCACCUCUUCCGCGCCGUCCUCGUCUGCAAGCCCUGGCUCCGCCUCAUCUGCGACCCCGCCUUCCGCCGCCGGUACCGCGCGUUCCACGGCGCCCCUCCGCUGCUCGGCCUCCUCCACAGGACCCAGGUACUGAUCGGAGACCCCGCCCCGCGCUUCGCGUCCACCACGUCGAUGCCCGACUUCCCCCACCCAGGCUCCGACGGCUGCCCCACGCGCCCCCUCGACUGCCGCCACGGCCGCGUCCUCAUCCACAUGUUCCAUGACCAGGAUGCGGGUCUCCUCGUCUGGGACCCCGUCACCGGCGACCGCCACGUGGUGCCCAAUCCGGACAUCGACUGGAUCGCCUACACCGGCGCGGUGUUCUGCGCCGCUGCCGGUUGCGACCACCUCGACUGCCACGGCGGCCCCUUCCGCGUCUUCUUCCUGGCCACCGACGAUGGUGAGGAAGUCAUCAAGGCGAGUGUGUACUCGUCGGCGAUGGGUGCGUGGACUGCGCCGGUAUCUCUCGACGAUAGCUGUGAAUGCUAUGCCCGGCACAGGCGAGAUUUGACUGCUAAGAGAAGGCGCUACAUACCCUAUGUCCAGUCUAGGCGUGUAGCCGCUAUCGAAGACGCAGUCUACUUCACAAUUUCGCGGUCUACUGCCAUUGCCAAGUAUGACUGCGGCAAGAAUCGCUUGUCUGUGAUUGACCCAUCACCACCAGAUACAGAGGUGUAUGGUGGUUUCAUUACUCUCAUGGUGAUGGAGGACAAUUCACUGGGGCUCGCUGGCGUUAAGGAUUUCAGUUUGAAUCUCUGGUCAAGGAAGGUGAAGGGAGCUGCAAAAUGGGUACCGUGCAUGGUCAUUGACCUGGAGAAAAUCAUGCCCAUGGCCAAACCCCUCAAAGGCAAUGGAGCAAAUGUGGUUGGUUUCGCAGAGGGUCUGGGUGUCAUCUUCGUUAGCACAGAGGAUGGCUUAUUCAUGAUCGAUCUCAAGUCCGGGUUGCUGAAGAAGGUUGCUGAACCUGGGUUCUACUUUUCCGUUUUGCCCUACAUGAGCUUCUACACUCCUGGUAUGGUACCAGUCCUUGAUUUUGUUGCCCUUCAUUGUACAGCUUCCAUAUGUUUGCAUACAUAGUUGGUUCCUGCUUGUGAACAAGCAGUCAUAGUGCAAGUAAUGCUCAUUCUUUGGUAGUUUGUAUUCCUGUAUAGACCUUGCCA